CGCGCCGGGGCUGGGGCUCGCGCCGCGGGGCGCGCGCGGGUGCAGGCGCCUGCAGGGGAGGCUGCGGGGUGCGCCCUGCAACGGGGUGCAAGCAGCUCCAGGGGCGGCCCUGGGGAGCCCCCAGCACCUGGGGGCAGCUCUGGGGGUCCCCGCAGCAGGAGGGGCGGCGAACCUUCGCCUUGUGGGCUCGGCUCUAGCAGCGCUGCACCUCCGGCGGCAGGUCUGGGGUGUCUGUAGGAAGCAGGGGAGCUUUCCUAGAGGGGUCCCUGGGGCUGUCGGGGGGAUCCGGGCACCCCCAGCAGCCUGCGUGGGUGUGCGGGAGGAAGCCCCACUUGCUGUAGGUGCAGGUUGGGCCUCCGGUGUUGUCUGUUCCCCAUGGCUGUAGGGAAAGCGAGGGGUCAUUAGCAGCCAGGGGAGCAGUUGAGAGACCCCCGCUACCAGGAGAUCUCAGCUCGGGUCUCAGGGAUCCCACUGCUGGCAGGGCCGGGCCGCCGCUGACCUGCCAGCUUUAUUUUUGGCAUCCCAUUGCCGCUCACAGAUUCUCCAGCCGGACCACUGACCUCAGGAGACUGCUGGGGCCAAGGGGAGACCUUGCCGUGUGAUGCUCUCCUAGCAGCUGCGGUGGAGGAACAAGGACUUCGGCUCAGGACACCAAGGGACCAGCCAUGCUCCGGCACACUCAGCCACAAAGACCAAUACCUGAGGGGCAGGCUGCGAAGGAACCUGCUGUUAAACAGGGGAAUGAAGUGAGCAGAAGGUGUUUUCUCAUCCUGUAGCGGUUGUCCACGUGAAGCUCUCCUGAGCCCCUCAGUCUGAGCAAGAAGAGUUACACGCAGUGGCAGGGCAGCCUGGGGAGGGCUGCUGGUGAACCCUGGCAGCGGGCUUGCACGCUUGGUCUUUGCCCUGUUCUCUGAAGCAUCUCACAAAUUUCCUUGGCUCCUCUCCUAACGAGAUCCACGUGAAGACCCGGUGUGGAAAGGAGACUGCCGGGACGGCCCCGCAGCCUGGUGCCGCUCGUGGGGUUUGGCUCCCGUGCCGCCGCCGUCACGUGAAGCUGGACCGCGCAAGGUGUGACAAGCCUGAGGAGUUUGCACAAACCCUUCUCCCGUUUGGUGCAGCUGAAACCUCGAACGGCGGAGGUUCCAACAGCGCUGACCCUUCCACCCCUGUAAAAGUCAACUUAUUUGCAUGCUAACGCAACAGCGUCCGAACAUAACUGCUCUCUUGCUUGUCAGAGCAAGAGAUGAAAAAUUCAGAAGCGGAGCCUGUGUUUGGUGGCGCAGAUCCUUUCCUUUGCAACUGACUGUAAUUUCCUGGAGGAAGACUACGAAGUUGAACCAAUUAAUGCUUAUUAUGCGGAGCUAUUUCCCUACCCUGGAACUGAUUUUCUAAACAAGGAGUUACGGCAGUGCUGGAGAGGGGGAAGUGCACGUCAGGGAGAGCUCAGUGCGACGCUGUGACUCUCCUGUGCCUGUAGCUGAUAACGACCAUGUCGGCCCCAAAGGACGGAUGGGUUUCUUCCUUCUCUUUCCUGCUCUUCUGUGCUUCCUCCAUCCCAACGUGGGGAAGUGCGAGUCUGCUGCAGGAGCUGAGCCCCCAGGAGUAUUUCAGUAGCCUGCAAGCGGGCAGAGCAUCCCUGGCUUAUUUCAGCCAUAAUGUUUCUCCUGGUGCCCAGCCCUUCUUGGAACAGAUUGGGAACUCGGCCGAGGCCCUCCAGGACUACGGCAUUUCGGUGGUGAAGGUUAAUUGUCCCAAAGAGGAUGUCUCAAGAUAUUGUGGAAAAGAAAAUGCAUUAAGGAAAGCCUACCUGUUCAGAGGUAACGUGCUGAUCAGAGAGUUCCCCACCGAUGCCUUGUUUGACGUGAACUCCAUUGUUGCUAACGUUCUGUUUGCCCUGCUCUUUAAUGAAGUUAAAUAUGUUGAAACACUGGCGGAUCUUCAGAACAUUGAAAAUACGCUGAAGGGGAGGUCAAACAUGGUCUUUGCCUAUGUACCAGCUACCGGGACAGCAGAGCACAGAGCCGUGAUGGAGGUGGCUUUUGUCUAUGGGACUGUCCACCAGUUUGUUCUGACAACUGAGGCAACACUGUUGAAAGACACUGGCAAUGAUGAGCCUGAUGUGUCAUCUGCUCGACUGUUGUUCUGCCACUGCCAGCAGGCCACAGACCUGGCACAGCCCUGCAGGAGGACAGCCAUGGAGCAGGCUCUGACAAUGCUCAACAUUCACAGGCACCUCAAGCUCAUGGGGGCUCCUCUGGUGACAGAGGUUGCUGAGGACCCAGAGAAGGUUUCCACUGUUCACUUACAGCUUGGGCUACCACUUGUGUUCAUCCUCAGCCAGAAAGAGACCUACGAGGCUGACAAGAGGACAGCAGAGUUUGUAGCCUGGCAGCUCUUGGGGAAAGCGGGAGUUGCCCUUUUGUCCAGGGACCUCGUAGAUUUGAACAUUCUGCUCCGGUCAAACGUCGCUCUCAAGACACCGGAUGAGGGAGUGCCAAUCAAAUACCUGGUCUUGGAAGACACUGAUGAAGUUAUAACCCUGGUGGAAGAUAAGAACAAGGUCGAGCAAAUCCAGGAGGAUGAGGAGGAGGAGGAAGAUGAGGAGGAGAAAGAGAAUAACAAUCAAGAUAUUCAGGAUGAUCAGGUGGUGGAAGCGAUUUCCAGGGAUAAGAAACGAGAGCUGCCCCUGGAGCAGAUCCUUGUCCUGACGGAGGAGACCUUCCACUCUACCCUCCUGGAUUCUGCCCGGACGGUGGUGCUGUUUUAUGCCAGCUGGGAGGCAGUGUCCCUGGCGGUGCUGCGGUCCUACACCGAGGUGGCCGAUCUCCUGAAAGGAACUCAAGGGGUUUUGCUGUCUCGGGUAAACUGCUGGGACUGGCCUGGCGUUUGCACCAAGGAGAACGUCACUCAGUUUCCUACCAUCAGGAUUUACGAGAAGGGAGAGCGAUCAGUGAUGUACAAUGGCAUGUGGGGAACCGAAGAACUGACCAGCUUCAUCAUGCUGAGCCGAGUUUCCUGCCCUCUGAAGCUGGCCACGAUUGAGGAAGCAGAAGGAUAUUUAAGAGGAGAGUUUCCAUCUGAGCUGUCCUCCUACCACCACACUUCGGUUCUAGGAGUAUUUAGCACAGCCACUAGUGAAGCCAGGGAAGCUUUCAAAGAGGCAGGAAACAUCUUAAGUGGCCACGUAACCAUGGGGAUGUAUUUUGAAGAUGAUGCCUUGGCUUUAUCCCGUAAAUACGCAGUGUCUCCCCCAGCCCUCCUCCUUGCCAGGAGCGGAGGUCAGAGCGUGGAAGGCAUCACUUUGUCCAAACAGAGUGCGCAGGACAUGGUGCAGAUGAUCAGAUACGAAUUGCUGGAAGUUUUUCCAGAAAUCACCGUGCAAAAUCUGCCCCGCUACUUGGAACUCAGAAAGCCCUUCCUCAUCUUGUUCAGCGAUGGUGUCAUCGGUCAAAUGGAAAGCGAGGAAAUGCUGAAGCUGGCAAAAGGAAGACCCUGGCAAGCGUUUGUGGCUUGCUGGUUGAACUUGAAGAAGACUCCGGUGGGACGCGGGGUCUUGAAGACGUACUUUGCCACCACGCCUUCGCUGCCUGUUCUUGUCUGGGUGAACCUUCAUGCCGGAGGUCAGGUAUUCAAGUUCCCAUCAGAACAGGCCAUCGCUGAAAUGAACAUCUUGUCUUGGCUGGAGAAGCUAAAAGCAGGACUAGAGAUUCCCAGCAGCACCUUGUCUGAGGAAGACUGGAAACCUCCUCUCCCUGCUUACGACUUCCUCCAGAUGAUGGAGACCGCCGUGCCCGAGCUCCCCCCCCACACCUCCCACCGCCGUGGGGACGUACCGGAGCGGUGCCCACCCGAAAGCCCUGGAGGGGACACUGCUGUCCGGGAGGAGCCGUCCCUGGAGACCAAGGCAGAGAAAGUCGGGUCCCCUGGGAGGGACCUGCGGGGCACAGCCCCGAGGCUGGCAGCGAGGGAGAAGCAGGGCAAGAGACACAGCGAGCUCUGAGAGCUGGACAUCCCCCUGCCCGGUGCAAUGACAGAUGUGGAACAGCGCCCAGAAAAACCUUCUCACUUUCCCGCCCCUCCGUGAGCCUUUGCACCAAAGGGAGGAGUGCUUUCAGCUCUAAAUUAAUGGCGAAGGGACAAACCAGCCCCGAAGUCUCAGCGUGAGUUCCCUGCUGUAGCGUGCUGGUCGUUCCGCUGUGGUUUCCGAUGCCAGAAACGUGUCCGUACACCCCGCACCGUGCCCCCCGCCCCCGGCUGCUGUUGGGCUGACAUUUCACAGCAGAUCUGCAGGGAGGAUGCUGCGGGGGAGCUCAGCCCACCCCAUAGCUGGGGUCGAGACGGGGUGUGCUCACCACGCGCCGGAGGCUCGCCCGCACAACGAACUACGCUGGAAAAGUCGAAUCAGCACAACCCUGCUCUAUAGUUUCUAUAUGUCUCACAUAGGCACCUCAAUUGCUGCCAAGCAGGAAGGGGUGAGUGAUUCCAGGAUAAAAAGCACAUUUCUUUCCCCACCAGUUGCGGUAGCGGCUCUGCUGAUGUGUGUCGGCAAGCCCCGCUCUCAAAAAGCGACUGCAUCUGCACUGUGACCACGUGGAGCUGGGGGGGCAAGCGUGCCACCCGCUCCAGGGCUGCUUAAACUGGCACCAGCUUGUGUGUACACGUGAACCGAACUCGUGAGCACAUUCAUCCUCGGGGGUAACAGAAGUAUCUGGUUAAAGCAGUUUUAUUACGAAGGCCGGAGCUCAGGUCAUCGCAACAGCCACGAAUAGCUGAGACAAAAAUUUGCCAGCAAAUCCCAAGGGCGGGCAGGUUGGAAGAUGGCUUUGCUCAGUGUUGGCAUUUUCUUGGUUACAAGCCCAGGAGGUUAUUUGCAGCCUCGAUUCUUUUUUUUGCUGGUGCCUCCUGAGCUGGGAACAAUGUGGGGAGUGAGGUCUGCAGAAAGAUUUUGGAAACGAGGAGAGGGAGAUGAAGGGCAAGGCUGGCAGCGCUGGGGACAGACCCUGCCGAGGUGGGAUGGAGCUGCUUCACAUCCAUAUCUGGAUGGGGAGACGCAGGACCUGGGGAAGUGGCUUUCCAGCCUCUGCCCAUCUCCCGGGGACAGCAAAAGCUCUGUCGUUCCUUGCUGGAGGACCUGAGCCUGCAGGACAGCGUGGGAUGUGGGCUGGGGAGAGCCGUGUGUUUGGGAGGGAGCUUCGUCUAAUCCCACCCAUGCCACGACGAUCUUCCCUUCAAUAAACAUCUGCUCCCUUCCGCAGCACCGCUGAGAUGCGCCGGGAGGGUCGGAUCCUCCUCCUUAUGGCUCAGAAGUUACUGGGAAGGGGAAAAAUUGAUGGUAAGGAGCUGCUGAGAGCAUUGUAAAGCCUGUAUUUCUCAUCCUGCAAGCAGCCCACAUGGUUGGGAGUAUUUUGAAAUGCCCAGAAAUAAACCAUUAGUCCUGGGCUCUCCUUGAAGCCCUUAAUUGAAACAGCCCAUUUUUGGACUUAAGGACAGGCUUAGAGCCAAAAUGUAUGUAUUUAAAGAAAUAAACUGUAGCGUGCAGAUCGGAGCCUGCCAUGCAGCUGAGUAUUCCCAAGGGAAGGAGUAGGUCAGGGUGCGAACAGAUCCUCCGUGAGUUCCCGGCAUUCCUCUGCUGUAUAAGGUCGUUACGCUGCCGGGCUCUACGAGCUGUACGUCGGUCGUUUCCCGUCCUGUCCCUAAUGACGUCACUGCUGCGGUUACAGCAUCGCUCUCCCGCUUGGUGCAGGUGAAGUGCGAUAUUUGGACUUGUCGUUGAUGUCUUAAAUAAAAUCCUUCUCCGGUACAAUAAA